GACCUAAUUUUACACUUUAAAAGAUAAUAUAAGUAUACAAAUUUAAAAGUGAUUCAUGUAAAAUUAUGAAACCGACAUAGAAGUUGAAUACAACUUAUUUGUAAACUUUCAUAUAAGAAAGUUAAACAGUUGCAACUUUCGGACAGACCAAAAGAUUCAGCAUGUAUGGUGGGAGAAGAAAUUCCUGCAAGCUGCGAUUCAGAAGAAGUAACAGCGGAUGUACAGGCAAAAAUGGUUCUCCCCAACCAUGUCAAGUUAAUUAGUAAUAAUACUAAUUUGCCAAUCUUACAGAAAGAAUUUAUGGAAGAGAGUAAUGAACAUUAUUCUAAAGAUGAGAAGGAGCACACAUUAGGUUUUUUGGAGGAUGAAAGUGUUCCUGUUAUUCAAGAAACACUUGUUAAAAUUAGUGGAGCAAAUGUCCAUCUGCUAGAUUUAAAGGGAAGUGUGAGCUUAGCGAGAGGAGAUCUCUCUAUAGUUAGACUAUCUCAGCUAAGUACAGGGUUAGCUGUCUUUGCUAAAGUUGGAAAUGACCUAAGUUGGUCUAUUACUAAAGAUGGUCCCAUCAUUAAAUUGAACUCUCUGAACUAUAUAUUCUCUGUUCUUGUUACUUCGGGUUUAGCAGGCAAUGAGAGUCCUCAGUUUGAGAUAUUAAAUUACGGUGUCACAUUUACAGGAGAAGAUGAAACAGAAGAAGAAUUGAAAUUGUGGCAGAAAUGGCUUGGAUAUUAUGGGUGUUUAUCUGGGCCCAAAUCUGAUGGGUAUGGUUUUAGAUGUCUUUGUUUCUGCCCUGAAUCCAUGGAUGAUGUAGAAGAGUAUUGGACUAGGUUAGGUCCCUGUGUGAAAAGAUAUAAUAUUAUUUUGGACUCUGCUGUUGCUGCUGGUUCAGGAGAAAUUAUCCAGGGAAUGUUCCUUUGUAGUCGCCUUUUCUUGUUUAGGGUUCAAAUGGCUGGAAAGGCUAUUAGAAAAAAGGCCAAGGCGAAAGGCUUCAUUAUAAAAAGGACCAAGGUGAAAGGAAAACAUAUGGUAAUGGGAAAUAAAGAGGGAGCAGAAUUAACUGGUUCUUUAAGAGAAAAGUUUGGCAGGGCAAUGGAGCUUUCAAAAAUGGUAGAAAGGAUGAGAGAAAAUUUCCUGAAUGGAAAGCUUACAUCUAGAGCAAUCGUGAAUGGUUAUGUGCUUGGGUCAGAGGCUAGCAAUAUGCUCUUCUCAAUGCUUCCACCAGGAAAAGUCCUUAUAGCUUCAUCUCAAACAAUGAGUUCUGCAUUUCAUGCUAUUAAACUUAUCUUAGAAGCAGCUGCUCCAGAAGAUGAAAGGGUGUAUGCCGUCCCAAUUACAGGGAGAGAUAAUGAGAGUACAUGGAAUAUCGCCAUGGUUAGUAGAGUAAGAAGAAAUGAUGUGGAUUUUCCUUUGGAUGAGGAUAGUGACCAAGAAAGAUUAUCAGUUCUGGUUUAUAAGAGUAAGGAAUGUGUGUGGAGGCGUGGGUGUGAAAGGACCUGUGUGCUAUCUUUUGGUCUUAAUAUCAUUAGAUGUGCAUGACUCUUGGCUAAAACAGCCUAUCUAUCAACAUUUAUCAAUUUUUAUUAGUAACAAUGAUGCUAUAUUUUUAUGUCUUUAUAAAUUGAAAAAUAGAAUGAAUUUU